AUGCCGGAACUUCCUGAGGAAGCCGUUCCUGCAUCCGGGCAGCUGUCACUGCCCUCGCGCCCUGCGGAGCAUCGCCUCCGAGGCGACCUGGCAGCGACCUCCAGAGACUUGCCGGGUCUCAGUGCUCAGGCGUGCCUCGUCGAAGACAUGAUGCAGGCGAGCAGGAGGAUCCUGGGCGACGUUUGCCUGAAGCAGCUGGAGCAUCUCACCGCACCCUCGGAGCAGGCCCCAAGCGCAGCUCAACUGCGGCAAGUCAGAGCACUGGUGGAGGUGCAAGAGGACCUUCGAAGGACCUUGCAGGACACGGAGCUGCGGUCCCACCUGCAGGAGCAGAGUUUGCACCGCAAGGAGCUCGAGGAGCAGAAAGCUUCCUCCCAGCAAGCUCUGGAGGAGCAGAAGGAGCUCUUCGAGAAGGCUCUGAAGGAGCAGAGAGAGACUCUUCAGAAGACUCUGGCAGCUACCGCUGCAAGUCCUGAACAAACCGCAGCCGACGCCGGUGGAGGGCCGGUGCUGCCGGCAGCUGACGGCUUUCACAGUGCCAGCUCCAAGGCGCUCGCGGCCGAAGAGGUGGGGGUGCCAAUCGACCAGGUGCCGAGAGGCCUUCGCUUGGAUGAUCUGUUGCGCCUGGUGCAGGACCACAAGGAGUGGCUUGAAGGUCCAACGGAGCGGGAAAAGAUGAUGGGGCGCAAAAAUAUGUACGACGUCACUCCCGAGCUCAUCAUCGUGGCCACGACGUGCGAGGAACGCAUCGUGGAGCUGUCGGCGGAGGACGCCGACAGCAUCACCAAAUCCCUCGCCGCUGGUGAUGACGCACAGUCUCACGGCGUCUUUGUGAAGGGCUCCCUCCAAUGUCGACAGGGAGCCGUUCUUGGCGGGGUCCUGGUGGAGAACCUGGUGAUCCAGGGAAUCCUGAGCGACGGCGGCAAACAGCGCACAGAGUACUGGAAGCACGGCAGUGAGCGUCAGCAACGGUGGCGCACCACGGGCAGGCACGGACGCCGACGACUGUCCCAGGACGCGAUCCCCGAGAAGCUGCUCGGGAAGCAGCUCGGCGAGACGAGCGCACGCCGGCAGAAGGAGCUGCUAAAGAAGCCGGGGACGGUCGUGGUCCUCCGCAGCGGCGUGGCCUUCGUGGACGUCGUAGAGCAGGGCGAGUUCGCGCCCCUUUGUGCGUUCGUCUCGCACUUCUGGGGCGAGGAAACACUGUCCUUCGCCAAGUCCCUGCGCCUCCAUGCUGAGACGGUGCAUCCGCAAAGUCCAGGAGCCAUGUGCUACUAUAUCUGUUCGUUCUCGAAUUGCCAGCACCUGGUCGAUCUUGGAUCGGAUUGGGAGUGUUCUCCCUUCAACCGGGCCCUGCAGUACGUUGCAGCCUGCCGGCGCGUGAAGCAGGACUCCGUGUACUGUGCGGUGAUGCUGUUCGACGACAGGUGCAGCACGCUUGAGAGGAUUUGGUGCAUCUUCGAAAUCUGGCGCUGCUGCCAGUUGGAGCUUCGGUUAGACCUGUUCUCCGUGGAGGGCCAGCUGACUCGAGGAUCCAGCACCCCCCUCGCCUGCGAGAUCCGUGAGCGGACGAAAGUCCUGGACGUGUCCAACACCGAGUGCUCCGAGAUGAGCGACAAGCGCAUGAUCGAAGCAGCGGUGCAGACAAGCGGCAGCAGCUGGGCCCAGAUCGCCGGCGCCAUUCAACUCCAGAUCACGGACCUCGUGGAGUUCUCCGCCAGCCUUGCCAUCUCACGCAACGCCCUCACAGGCCAAAAGGUGACAGCAGAGGACGUGGAGAUGCGGAUGUCCGACACCUCUCAGGUCCGGAAUUCGCUCAGCAUCAUCAGCGACUGCGUGCAGGGCCAGCUGAAGCGCAUCCUCGUCGUCGGCCAAGGAGGUACCGGCAAGACGGUCUUUGCGCGUGAGGUCGUGAGAAGAGCCGCGCAGGCCCGCAAGGAGGGCAGGGUCCAGGAAACUGUGAUCCCGCUUCGGGUCCCCUUGGCAGAGCUGGCGGAUAUCAAGGUGCAAGGAGUCGACCUGUUUCAGGCCUGGGCAGAGCGAGCCUUCGGCAGCGACAGCGACGAGAUUUUGAGAGGCGAUCGGCGGCUCGUCCUGGUCCUGGACGGCCUGGACGAAGCCGCCACGGCCCGCCGACGGAUCCUCAAUUGGCUCCAGCAGUGGCUGCAGGCAAACGGCCACCGAUGCAUUUGCACCAUCAUCGCCUCUCGGCCGUCCGGGACCAACCAGACUGAGGGUGCUGGCCAGCAGUGGCAGCGCUCGCGAGCCUGCGGCGUCGGCCGUGCUUGGCCAGUUCUCCGAGACGUCGCUGCUGACCCAAGCAGCCCAGCAAGCUGCGCUAACUGA